AUGAAUUUCCGAUCAGGAGAUCCAUUUGCCUCACGCCGUGGUCCAAACCUUUCUGCUCAGUCCCCAAUUCAUGGCUUUAACAACCAUGAAUCUUUGGGGGAAUACCCACGAGGAUUCAAUCAGCGCACCCCGAUGGCCAGCGACCCAGCCAGAUCGCUUGCCCCAAAUUCUGGUCGACGACGCGAUGACCGUUCGCUUUCGCCACCAGGGCUGCCCUCCGGUGGGAGCUGGAAGGAUCGCCAACGCACCUCUGCCCAUCCACAGGAAGCACCGCCAACCGCGAGCUCAGAUGGACGUGGUGGAACUGAAACUUUGGCAUCUUUAUAUCGCUGCCCAAUGUCCGCCCCAACCGCCGAUGUAUUUCGCUCGUUGGCCGAUCAGUGUGCGUUAGAUGGAGACUUUCGCGCAUACGCAAUGGCUCAAGCCGAGGUUUUUGGUGAAACGAAUCGACAUUUGGCGGUCGCCACGACUCAAAGCUUGCUGCUCAAGGAGGUUUCGAUUCUCAAUGGCAAGAUCGAUGCCCUUACCAACGGCCUCGAAGCGCUGACCACUGUCGUGAGAGACCUGGGAAGUACACCAGCCCAAGUGCCACCCCAACAGGCAACAGCACAACCAUCAGCCACUAUCACCAAUCACCCCAACCCAGUUAUAAAGUGGGUAGCGAGUGCCGAGCUUGUAGACAUCUUGAACCCAUUGGCUUUGAAGAUCAUGUUCUCUCCUCAGGUCACUGCUUAUACAGCAAUCGAAAACAAGCAGGAGGGGUAUCUUCCCCACUCGUUGUUUAACACGAUCAAGCAAAAAGUGGGCAAGGAGGGUGCGGUGUUUGCCGCCAAGCACCUUCCUCCCAAACACCAGGGAGUCGAAUCCGCCACCGACUCAGCAAACUAUACCACGGCCAUUAGAAACGCGGGCAAACACGCGCGCGAGAAGGUUCACAACGUGCUCCUGGUCGGUAUCCACGACGCGAAAACCCGAGAGGAGGUUGAUAUCCCUGUACCUAGCUUCAAGAACCUCGUUCAACGAAUGGCUUUGAGAUGUGAUACUGCUGGGGACAAUGUGCAAGUGGAGGACGUCUGGCGUGCCACAGACAAUUUGACCAGAGCUCGCUUAGCCUACCUUCGUCGAGAGGCGGCACGUUUGGUGCUUAAAGGUGGCAAAGGGAGUGAAUCCAUAUGGGCCGUUAUCGAUAAACAACUUGCGAAGUUGCGAUUGGCAAACAACAACGCCUAUGAGACAGCUUUCUUUCAAAUUAUACACGAUGAGGAUUUAGAGUAUUUUGACGGGAAAACUUGGUUCAAGCAAUUGAAAGAGCGCGGAGUCAAGCUACAUUUACCGUCGGAACAGGCUAUCAGGGCGCGGAUGCCUGGAGGUGGGCCUGAGGUCCAACCGGAAUCAUCAAACGCAUCCUCUCAGGAUGCAGCAAAUGUCUAG